AUGUUGCCAAUUAUUUCUUAUGUGUUGCUUCUCACUUGCACCACCAUCUUCAAUGUCUCUCCCACCAUGGCAGCUGAUAAUGAACUCAAAACCUACAUUGUUCAGUUAACUUCACCCCAAGGCCAAGACUUUUCUCAACCUCAAGAUCGUGAAGAGUGGUACAAAUCACUUCUAUCAGAAAGUGCCUCCAUCUCAAAUGAGAAACCGAUCAUGGUUCAUAUGUACCACCACGUAAUGAUAGGAUUCGCUGCAAAAAUGUCGGCGCAUCAUGCAAAGGUGAUGAAGAAUAUGAAGGGAGUUUUGUCUGUAAGACCUGAGAGAGUGUAUCAGUUACACACAACUCGUUCCCCACAGUUUUUGGGCUUACACCAAAACUCAGGGUUUUGGACGGAUUCAAACUAUGGGAAGGGAAUGAUAAUUGGGAUUAUAGACACCGGAAUCACUCCUGGGCAUCCUUCGUUCAAUGAUGAAGGGAUCCCACCUCCAUCGUCUAAAUGGAAAGGCAAAUGUGAAGUAGCAGGGUGUAAUAACAAGCUAAUCGGGUUAAGGAACUUUGAUCCCUUUAGUAAAACGCCAGUCGAUGAACACGGCCAUGGAACUCACACUUCAAGUACUGCAGCAGGAAGUCAUGUACACAACGCGAACGUAUUUGGAAAUGCCAAUGGCACUGCCAUUGGAAUGGCACCAUUGGCACACGUGGCCAUGUAUAAAGUGUGCAGUUUUGGCUGUUCAGGAAGCGCCAUUGCAGCAGGCAUGGAUGCAGCUAUUGAAGAUGGUGUUGAUGUGCUUUCACUAUCACUUGGUGGAGCUUCGGCCCCCUUCUACAUCGAUAUUAUUGCUAUAGGUGCCUUCGUUGCCAUGCAGAAAGGGAUCUUCGUGAGUUGUUCAGCAGGUAACAGCGGGCCUCGUAGUUCAUCAUUAUCAAACGAAGCCCCAUGGAUCCUUACAGUUGGAGCUAAUACGAUUGAUAGAAGAAUAAGAACAACGGUGUAUCUGGGGAACAAAAAGCUGUUCGACGGAGAGGCAAUAAACCAACCUAAAGAUUUCGAUCAUAAGCUUCGGCCCCUUGUUUACCAUGCAAAAGACUCGAUCUCAGCAGCAUAUUGCUUGAAUGGAUCACUAGACCAUAUUGAUGUCAAAGGGAAGGUGGUAUUGUGUGAUCAGGGUGCAAGUACUGCACUUGAUAAGAGCAAGGUAGUAAAGGCUGCCGGAGGAGCUGCCAUGAUCAUUGCUAAUCACAGAAUUUUUGGCGAGACUACAAUCAUAGAGCCUAAUGUUAUUCCUGCAUCAAUUGUCGGUUAUGCGGAAGGAGUUGAGAUAAAAAAAUAUUUGAAUUCGACUACUUCCCCUGUAGCAACCAUCCUCUUUCGUGGAACUGUAGUCGGCAUAGAUACAGCUCCAGAAGUGGCUUCUUUCUCUUCAAGAGGGCCUAACUUGGAAAGUCCUGGAAUCCUGAAACCGGAUAUUAUUGGUCCCGGGGUUAACAUUCUCGCAUCUUGGCCUAUAUCGAUUGAUAACAAUACAAAGACCAAAGCAGCAUUUGACAUAAUAUCGGGCACAUCAAUGUCUUGUCCUCAUCUCGCCGGCAUAGCAGCACUGCUAAAAAGCGAGCAUCCAGAUUGGUCGCCGGCUGCAAUCAAGUCUGCAAUGAUGACCACCGCAAGUCAGGUAAAUCUGAAAGGGCAUGCCAUUGUAGACCAAAAAGACGCAAGAUUCCUCCAUGCAGACGUCUUUACCAUUGGCGCAGGUCAUAUAAAUCCAUCAAAAUCCAACGAUCCAGGGCUCGUGUUUGAUAUCCAACCCAGUGAUUACAUUCCGUAUCUGUGUGGGUUAGGUUAUACUCCCAUACAAAUCGAAUUGAUCACUAAAAAGAAAGUUUCAUGCUCAAAAACUAUACCUGAGGCACAGCUAAACUAUCCUUCUUUUGUGGUUUCACUUAAAAAAGGUGAUACAAAAACAUACUCAAGAACAGUGACUAACGUUGGUAUGGCAAACUCGACUUAUACCAUCGGGGAAAUUUCUGUACCACAUGGGGUAAAAGCUGAGGUUGGUGGUUCUUCUCAAGAACUCAUGUUCACAGCAGUACACCACAAGUUAACAUACAAUAUAACUUUUACUCGGGAUAGUACGGUCGAGGUGAAGGCUCAAUACGGGCAAGGGCAUAUGACUUGGGUUUCCGCUAAAUACUCGGUUAGGACCCCAUUUGCGUUCAAGUUUGAAUAA